AUGAUAAUUGAAAAAUGCAGUGGAAAGCGGAGAGCUUGUGGUGUGCGAGAAUCAUUUUCUCCGUUAACUUGUGGCAGAAGGUGGUGGCGUGGCUCCCGCUUUCUCGGCGGAGAUGCGGUGCGACACGGAGCAGAGGGUGACUUGACGGCGGGGAUUGAAGAAUCAAAUGGAAAUUUGGAUUCCAAAUUGAAGGGAACAGGAGGUGUUAGUGAGAAAAAUAUAUCAGCCACCGGGAUUGGAAGCAUUAGUAGCAAAGAUAUGAUCUUUCGUGCAGAUAAAGUUGAUCUGAAAAGUUUGGAUGUUCAAUUGGAGAAGCAUCUGAGCCGUGUUUGGUCAAGAAAUGUAGAGAACAAUCAAAAGCCUAAAGAGGCAUGGGAAAUUGAUCCAUCUAAGCUGGAAAUAAGAUAUCUUGUAGCUCAGGGCACUUAUGGGACCGUUUAUCGUGGUACCUAUGAUAAUCGAGAUGUUGCAGUCAAGCUAUUGGACUGGGGAGAGGACGGCAUGGCCACUGUCGCUGAAACUGCUGCUUUGAGGGCAUCAUUUCGGCAGGAGGUUGCUGUCUGGCACAAACUUGACCAUCCAAAUGUGACAAAAUUUGUUGGUGCAUCAAUGGGGACUUCCAAUUUGAAGAUACCUUCAAAAAACCCUUCUGAAGGUUAUACAAACCUUCCAUCGAGGGCAUGUUGUGUUCUGGUGGAAUUUCUCGCUGGAGGAACAUUAAAGAAUUUCUUAUUCAAAAAUAGGAAAAAGAAACUUGCCUUUAGAGUCGUGAUUCAACUUGCAUUGGAUCUAUCUAGAGGAUUGAGCUAUCUGCACUCUAAGAAGAUUGUACACCGUGAUGUCAAAGCUGAAAAUAUGCUUCUUGAUACAUAUCGAACAUUAAAGAUUGCGGAUUUUGGUGUUGCUCGUGUGGAAGCGCAGAAUCCCCAGGACAUGACUGGUGAAACUGGAACCCUUGGAUACAUGGCCCCAGAGGUUCUUGAUGGCAAGCCUUAUAACAGAAAAUGUGAUGUCUAUAGCUUCGGCAUUUGCUUGUGGGAAAUUUAUUGCUGUGAUUUGCCCUAUACUGAUCUUAGCUUUGCCGAGGUUUCUUCUGCAGUUGUUAGACAGAACCUGAGGCCUGAAAUCCCAAGAUGUUGUCCGAGUUCUCUGGCAAACAUCAUGAAAAGAUGCUGGGAUGCGAAUCCGGAAAAACGACCUGACAUGGAUGAAGUGGUGAGGAUGUUAGAAGCUAUUGACACAAGUAGAGGAGGAGGAAUGAUACCAGAAGACCAGGCGGGUGGCUGUUUCUGCUUUGCUCCAGCUCGGGGACCAUAAAAUUUCGCACUUUUUUCAUAGGAGUCUCUGUAGAAUUGGACGACAAUUUUAUGGUUCCAUUUUAAUUGGGCUGCUCGGGAAGUUUUGGUUCCAUUGGGUGUUUCAAAUUCAAUUCUGUUGUUCAUAAAUGAAAAACUGCUUAAAAGUUGAUGGUGAUUUGACUGUAAAUUUGAUCCGUAGCAAGAUUGAUUGUUACCUUAGAAUCUUAUUCUAGGGAAUUAUCGAACGUGUAACAUACUGGAUUGGAUUCAUCAAACUGAGAACAAAAAA